CCGGGGGAUGCAGGGCAGCCCUAACGUAGCUGAGGAUGUGUCAGACGAGACCCUCCGCUCUUUGGCCAGCCCUUCCUCCCUGCAGGGCCCCGAGCUCCACGGCUGGCGCCCCCCAGUGGACUGUGUCCGGGCCAAUGAGCUGUGUGCGGCCGAAUCCAACUGCAGCUCUCGCUACCGCACGCUGAGGCAGUGCCUGGCGGGCCGGGAUCGCAACACGAUGCUGGCCAACAAGGAGUGCCAGGCGGCCCUGGAGGUGCUGCAGGAGAGCCCGCUGUACGACUGCCGCUGCAAGCGGGGCAUGAAGAAGGAGCUGCAGUGCCUGCAGAUCUACUGGAGCAUCCACCUGGGGCUGACCGAGGGUGAGGAGUUUUACGAGGCCUCCCCCUACGAGCCGGUGACCGCCCGCCUCUCGGACAUCUUCAGGCUUGCUUCCAUCUUCUCAGGGACAGGGGCAGACCCGGCGGUCAGCGCCAAGAGCAACCACUGCCUGGACGCCGCCAAGGCCUGCAACCUGAACGACAACUGCAAGAAGCUGCGCUCCUCCUACAUCUCCAUCUGCAACCGCGAGAUCUCGCCCACCGAGCGCUGCAACCGCCGCAAGUGCCACAAGGCCCUGCGCCAGUUCUUCGACCGCGUGCCGGGCGAGUACACCUACCGCAUGCUCUUCUGCUCCUGCCAGGACCAGGCGUGCGCCGAGCGCCGCCGCCAGACCAUCCUGCCCAGCUGCUCCUACGAGGACAAGGAGAAGCCCAACUGCCUGGACCUCCGCAGCCUGUGCCGGACGGACCACCUGUGCAGGUCCCGGCUGGCCGACUUCCACGCCAAUUGUCGGGCCUCCUACCAGACGCUCACCAGCUGCCCGACCGAUAAUUACCAGGCGUGCCUGGGCUCCUAUGCCGGCAUGAUUGGGUUCGAUAUUACACCCAACUACGUGGACUCCAACCCCACUGGCAUCGUGGUGUCGCCCUGGUGCAGCUGUCGUGGGAGCGGAAACAUGGAGGAGGAGUGUGAGAAGUUCCUCAGGGACUUCACCGAGAACCCGUGCCUCCGGAACGCCAUCCAGGCCUUUGGCAAUGGCACAGAUGUGAACCUGUCCCCUAAAAACCCCUCAUUCCAGGCCACACAGGCCCCUCGGGUAGAGAAAACGCCUUCUUUGCCAGAUGACCUCAGUGAUAGCACCAGCCUGGGGACCAGCAUCAUCACCACCUGCACCUCUGUUCAGGAGCAGGGGCUGAAGGCCAAUAACUCCAAAGAGUUAAGCAUGUGCUUCACGGAGCUCACGACCAAUAUCAUCCCAGGGAGUAAGAAGAAGGUGAUCAGACCUAACUCAGGCCCCCACAGAGCCAGACCGUCGGCUGCCUUGACUGCCGUCUCCUUCCUGAUGCUGAAACUGGCCUUGUAGGCUCCGGGAGCCGCGUCGGGAGGUUUCUGAAAGCGGCUCAGACGAGAACGCCCGCCUGACAAAAUGGAAACACACACAGACACACACAGACACACAGACACACGCGCGCACACACACCUUGCAAAAAACAAGUUUUUUCCCACCUUGUCUCUGAACUUGUCUCGUUCCAGGUUUCUUCUCUGGAAAAGUUUUUCUAAACCAAACAGGCAAGCAGGCGGGCAGCCUGAGAGCUGGCCCAGAGGCCCCUGGCAAGGGACACCCAGCACCGAGCAGGGCACAGGGUGUAGGAGUGCCCGUCACUGCUCCUGGUGUGUUUCUCUCUGGACCCAGGCAGGACAACAGCCCUGCUGCCCAGGGGACUUGGGGCUGUGCCUGACGCAGGCGGGGGUUGGGAGCAGGAUGGCAGCCGCUGUUCUCAGUCUGCUGACUCUGGGGACCUGCUGGGGGCUGGCAGGGGGUGUCGGGUGGCAGAGCAAUGAGGCCGGGUUCCUGAAGGUCCACCUGGGCCCCUCCAGCUCCUCCACCUGGAGCCAAGGAUGGAGUUUAUUUGGCCCCCUUCUCUGCGGGCUGGGCAGGUCUGCGUCUGACCUGUGCGGGGGUCGGGCUCUGAGCCCCUGGCCCCUAGUGUAGCAUGAGGGACCGGGCAGCUCCAGGGGGCUUGGGAGCUCAGCCCACCUGGGAGACCCUGUUGCAGGUAGGGGGCAAAACUUGGGUACCAGCUCAGGCUGCUGCUGCCUCCUUGAUGGCAGGAGUUUUGAAAUCAAAGAGAAAUGAUUCUUUUUCCACUUUCUUGGUUUCUCAUGGGUCCCGAUGGUGGGUCUCCCUUCGAGGGGAGGGGCCGUCGCCGAGAGGGGCUGAAGAGACCACGGUGGGCCGUCUACCUGCCCCCCACCCCGGGCUCUGCACCCCGCUCCUCCCCCGCCUUCCCUGUCCUCAUGUCCGAGACGUCCGCCAACUGUAUGUACAUAACACGCUCCUCUCUCAACAUAUAUGUAUAUACACAUCCGUAUACAUAUAUCGUGUGGUUCUCCCCCCUUUCCUUUUUUUAAGAAGCAAAACUAUCGAAAUAAUACCCUAGCAGACGAGCGAAGAUGUAUUAUUGUAAAGUUUAUUUUUUUUAAUGAUGUUGUCUAUAAUGGGGAAGGAGGAGACUGGCUCCCUGUGUCCCUGCCGCAGUCGGGCUGACCAGGCUGCGGAAGGGGGCUCCUGAUCCGUACCACGCUUAGCCGAGGCGCCAAUAAACGUACUAGGACGCGGCCUGCC